UUAUGAUUUCUAUAUAUAGAGUUUGAAAUGUUACCAAAAUUCACAUGUUUUGCGAUUUCAUGGUAUCUCUCAGAAGAAAACAAAAUAUCAGUGAGCAAAUGUCAUGCUUUAAGUGCGGAACUAGCAGCGGUAAUGUUAAUGCUAGUUCUUUUUCUGGCUUUAAUAUUACCUCAAAUAUGCAAGCUGCUUCUUUAGCAGAUCAAGUAGAUGUUGCGAUUAAUGACACAACAAGUGCUGAAGAUUUUGAUGCUCUUCAUGAUUGGAUGGAUAAUCAACUUGCUGAUCUUGCUAAGCAUGACCAUAAUGAUGUUGAUGGAUAUCUAUCGUUGCAAGACAAUAAUAAGGAUACUGUUUCCCAAGAUGUUACGGGACUAGAUUUUCAGAUAUCAUCACUUCAUGAUAGCGAUGAUGAUCAUCACGACCAUACUAUAUUCGUGAGUGGUUAG